GAAAAUACUGUUUACUUGAUUUGAAUAACGACCAGAGAAAGCAAAUGAGAAUUGUAUGGAACCCAUGAACUACCUGGUCAGGAGAGGCUUUAGGCCUUCUGCCUGGAAGUAUGGAAAAUGGCGCCCCAUUGGGAAGACCGUUUCAGAGCGAAGACGCAUAUCCAUCCAACCCGUGCCCUCAGUUGAACCAAACACCGUUAAUGCGAGCUAUCUUCCGGCCGCGACGACUCCAAGUUCUGUGACGUCCCCGGACGCCAGCUUCGAAGUCCUUGGCUCGCCCUAUUCUCUCCUCUCCGUUUCUCUCUCCGCGUCCCAGAACCUAUAUACAAGACGCGGUACGCUUGUCGGGCUAACAGGGAAAUCAGAAAAUGUUGUUUCUACCCUCAGGCUACUUGAGCCUCUCCGACGAGCUGCACUGCGCAUGCCAUUCCUAUAUCAAAAGAUAUCCUCCGCCAGUCCUGUUAACGCCCUUAUUUCCGUCCGAUCCCCAAUAACUUCAUUUGCUGUUGUUCAACUGGAUGGUACGGUGGAUUGGAUGAUUACACAACGCGAUGCUUUACUUUCGUGGACUGGACACGCAUUAACUGUGAAACCAACACUCAACAGAGAGCUAAGUUUGGUUCAUUGGGGUAGUUCAAAGGUGACUGGACGUGGCCUGUUAGCGGUCGUGGGGAAAGGUCAGGUCUAUUCAAUUAAUCUGAGAGCUGGGGAACGAUAUAUUGCCCAUCCUAGCAAUGUCGUCGCAUACACCAUAAAUUCUCACUGGCCGCGCCCGUUUCGGUUCAAAUCAACUUCUCUAAAGUUCCAGAUUCCGAACCUUGGGCUAGGCACUUUAUUGAUGAAAUCUAAUUUCCUAAGAAACUUGGCCGAUUCGGACACAUGGAAAGCCACUAUGAGGAUUUUCCACACUGUUCGGACGUGGGCGAGGAGAACUAUCUGGGGGGAUAGGUUGUUCUUACAAUUUGAAGGACCAGCAACCGUUCUCAUUCAGUCGCGAGCAUCGCGAAUAGCCGAGUCUCUGACGGCCCGUGAAGUGAAUGAGAUUGCGAGCACUCAACCAGGUGUUACCAGGGAAGCUAUAGAAACCGUUGAGGGACGACUUGAAAAGCAAUCGCCCCCACCUGCCAAAGAUGACGGAGUGAAAACUGUGGGCCAGUCUGUUGCUUCUGUUCGACGAGAUGGCAAGGUCGAAUUCGAAAAAGUUGAUGGAGUUUGAACAAAAACACGCUCUUCUAGAAAAAGAGGCUUGCCUGUUUGGAUAGUCAUAACUUCAGGAAGUGCUGUACUGUUAGUUCUAUAUACCUAUUAUCGCUUGUAUUAUAUUCUACUUGCAAUGAUGAUGAUAUUUUGCAUUCGAAGCCUUCGGUAGUAUUUCAGCAUUGUUGACUUCAGUAGAGCACACAGUUUUUAAGAUAUGGUGACCAGGAAUAUUCCUCAAUGCCCAUGGGUUGGCAAACCGCGGGUGGAGAAUUCCUACCUGCGACGCUCUGAGAUGGAUAGUAGGGACAUGUCAAUGAAGUAUCUCACCGGAUCCCGUCUACAAGGAUCCGUUGGAGAACCCUGCUACCGAUUCUCUAAACUUAGGCUUGCUAACCUGUAUGACUAGCAUUCUAAUUUUACACCAGGAGCUUUCUAAAAAUGGAUCAUGGUAGAAACGGGCACACGCUAAAUUCCCACAAUACCUGCCCUGCUCUUGAACCCAGGACGAUAUGUAACAAAUAAAAUUAAAUUGGUUUACGCAACCCAAACAUCCUUCCCAACUCCCUCGAUCCAGUGACCAAGCUGGUUGACGCCAGCAUCCCAUUCCUUCAGCCGAUUCCUCAUUCCCUCAAUUUGCUUCAUAUCCAAAACCUUCGGUUGUACCCAGUUGAUUCUCGCAAUUUGUGCAACCUGGUCAAUCGAGCCCUUCAGUAGGCCCAAACUUAAGGCUUUCAUAAUCAGAUGUUCGACCUCGUUCGGCUGAACCUUGGUUUCUUCCGACAUCGCUGCGAAUGUAACAGUCCGAUCAUGGGGUGGUCGACGGAAUAUCAUUUCCGUUAGGGCUGAGAGGGAUAUUUUCUGAUAUAGAAAAACUUUGUGCUGUUCGAGGAGGGGAUUUUUGCUAAUGUUUCCUGCUAGAACAUCAUAGGCUGUCAAGUCACCACGGUUGAAAGCAAAGAGAAGCUCGCGGAGCCACGAAUGUUGCGUUUCUUUGAGUGAUUCGAGAAUUGGAUGGAGUAAGAGUUCGCCAAAGUUGUAAAUCGUGUCAGAUACGAGUGCGGCUAUGCUAAGGUCAUAUGCUCUAGCCGCACGCUCUGUCGGUGUGAGCUCAACUAUGUCGAUACAGGCGAGGUAGAGGAGGGCGUUCUUGUAGUAGGAUGCGAACUCCAUUUUCGC